CUUGAGGCGACUAUGGCGGGAGGAAUGAAAGUAGCAGUCUCGCUGGCAGUUGGUUACGGGCCCUGGCAUUUGGGGUUCAGGGGCGGUGGGUCAGUGCGACUGCUUCUGGUUCUCUCCGGCUGUUUGGUCUGCGGAGCAGCUGAAACUGGUAAACAUGUAGUCAUGCUUCAGGAAUCCAAAGUUUAUCAUAAUACCAGUGAAUUUUGUUAUAAAAACGUGAUCAUCCCAAAGUGGCAUGAUAUAUGGACACGGAUGCAGAUCCGGAUAAAUAGUUCCAAACUGGUACGAGUCACUCAGGUGGAGAAUGAGGAGAAACUGAAGGAACUGGAGCAGUUUAGUGUCUGGAACUUUUUUUCCUCCUUUUUAAAAGAGAAGCUGAAUGACACUUAUGUUAAUGUAGGUUUAUACAGCACAAAAACCUGCUUCAGAGUUGACAUUACAGAGAAAGAUACCAACUACAGUGUCAUUGUGAUCCGGAGAUUUGACCCCAAACUCUUCCUUGUUUUCCUCCUGGGACUUAUGCUAUUUUUUUGUGGAGACUUGCUGAGCAGAAGUCAAAUUUUCUACUAUUCAACUGGGAUGAGUGUGGGAAUUGUGGCCUCUUUAUUAAUCAUAAUCUUUAUACUGUCCAAAUUUAUGCCCAAGAAAAGUCCCAUUUACGUCAUCCUGGUUGGUGGCUGGUCCUUUUCUCUGUACCUCAUUCAACUAGUUUUUAGAAAUUUACAAGAAAUCUGGAAGUGCUACUGGCAGUAUCUUUUAAGCUACAUCUUCACAGUUGGAUUCAUGAGUUUUGCAGUGUGUUACAAGUAUGGGCCCUUGGAGAAUGAACGAAGUAUCAACCUGCUGACCUGGACUUUGCAGCUGAUGGGCCUGUGUCUCAUGUAUUCUGCCAUCCAGAUACCACACAUUGCCUUUUCCAUUAUUAUCAUUGCACUGUGCACCAAGAACGUGGAGUAUCCUAUUCAGUGGCUGUACAUCACCUACAGAAAGAUGUGUAAGGCAACAGAAAAGCCUGUCCCCCCUCGCCUUCUGACAGAAGAAGAGUAUCGGAUACAAGGAGAGGUGGAGACCCAAAAGGCUUUGCAAGACCUUCGAGUAUUUUGUAGAAGCCCAGACUGCUCUGCUUGGAAGACUGUGUCUCAAAUCCAGUCUCCAAAAAGAUUUGCUGACUUUGUGGAAGGCUCCUUCCAUCUCACUCCAAAUGAAGUUUCUGUCCAUGAACAGGAGUAUGGAUUUGGGAGCAUGUUUGACCAGAGUGAAUUCUUUGAGGGCACAUCGUCGGAGGAUGAGAACUCAGAUACUCAGUUCCCUGCUGUCACACAUAACAGCUUCCUGGUUUAG